CACCCGGGACCGAACAUGCACAAGCGAGCGCGCGCGCGCAUGCACACACACACACACUCUCAACACACACACACAUACACACGCACACACACACGCCUGGCUCCGCCCAGCCGCGCCCCCGCCCCAUCGCACUCCGCGAUCAGCACCCAGGACAGCGCCACACGCCUGCGUCAGUGUCAGGGCCGACGCCUCGGUGUCUCCUGGGAGGGUCCUGUCCAGCUGCUGAGAAGGGGCUAGGGCGCUUGGCUGCCUCCGCAGAAAGGACCGUAGGACCCCGCCGCCAUGUUUCCGGAGCCGCCAACUCCGGGGCCUCCAGCUCCCGACGCGCUUCCGGACUCGAGCCGCAUCAGCUACGGUCCUGUGCCCCCCUGGGCCCUGGCUACAAUCGUGCUAGUCUCAGGCCUCCUCGUCUUCAGCUGCUGUUUCUGUCUCUACCGGAAGCGUUGUCGGAGGCGUAUGGGAAAGAAGAGCCAGGCCCAAGCCCAGGUCCACCUUCAGGAAGUGAAGGAGCUGGGCCAGAGUUACAUAGACAAGGUGCAGCCAGAAGUGGAAGAACUAGAGCCAGCACUAUCCAGGCCAGGGCAGCAGGUGGCAGAGAAGAACGAGCUAGGACGACUGCAGUACUCACUGGAUUAUGAUUUCCAGAGUGGCCAGCUGCUGGUGGGCAUCCUACAAGCCCAGGGAUUGGCAGCCUUGGACCUGGGUGGCUCUUCAGACCCCUAUGUGCGGGUUUACCUGCUGCCAGACAAGCGGAGGCGGCAUGAGACUAAGGUGCAUCGGCAGACGCUGAACCCACAUUUUGGAGAGACUUUUGCAUUCAAGGUCCCCUACGUGGAGCUAGGGGGCAGGAUACUGGUCAUGGCUGUAUACGACUUCGACCGCUUCUCCCGCAACGAUGCCAUCGGGGAGGUGCGGGUCCCCAUGAGCUCCGUGGACUUGGGGCGGCCAGUGCUGUCCUGGCGGGAGCUGCAGGCGGCUCCGCGGGAGGAGCAGGAGAAACUAGGAGACAUCUGCUUCUCCCUCCGCUAUGUCCCCACUGCCGGGAAGCUCACUGUUAUCAUCCUGGAGGCCAAAAACCUGAAGAAGAUGGAUGUAGGAGGGCUGUCAGAUCCGUAUGUCAAGGUCCACCUGCUGCAGGGAGGCAAAAAGGUGCGGAAGAAGAAAACGACCAUCAAGAAGAACACUCUGAACCCCUAUUACAAUGAGGCCUUCAGCUUUGAGGUGCCCUGUGACCAGGUCCAGAAGGUCCAGGUGGAGCUGACCGUGCUGGACUAUGACAAGCUGGGCAAGAACGAGGCCAUUGGGAGGGUGGCUGUAGGGGCAGCGGUUGGUGGAGCUGGCCUGCGGCACUGGGCGGAUAUGCUGGCCAACCCCCGGCGGCCCAUUGCCCAGUGGCACUCGCUGCGGCCCCCUGACCGUAUGAGGCCACUGCCUGCACCCUGACCCCACCUUCAAACCCCUGACUCCAUACUCCUGGUCAAAGCCACACCCAGGCCCACCUCUAAGGCUUCUCUGACCACUAACCUCCCACACACCCACUCCACCCCAAUCAUCUGACCCAUUCCUGCUUUCUCACCCCUAUCCUGCCAGUCAUAACUUGCCAACACCCCCACUGCAUAUACCCAGAAGCCCCAGGGAUCCUUGGGGGAGGGGAGCAGUUUGGCCUCCCUCCCCCCACCUAGAGUCCUGCCCUCUGCUUUGACAAUCAGUGAUCCCAUCCUACUGUCCCCUUCGCCCUACACAGGAUCACCCACUCCUGUCCCCAUUCUGAUUCCUGCACUGCUCCUGGGGCCAAAUAAAUACUCA